CUAUCGAAGAUGAGCCACAAUCCUUUUCUCAGGCCAUGCAAGAUCCCAAAUGGAGACAAGCAAUGAAAGAUGAAAUAGAUGUUCUCGAGAAAAAUAACACUUGGACUUUGGAGAUGCUACCUCCUGAUAAGAAACCUAUAGGUUGUACAAGCUCUUCCCUCUGUCAGAGUUUGAAAGAUUUUCUGCAUGCCCACUUCCACCUUAAGGACCUAGGAAAAUUAAAAUAUUUUCUUGGAAUUGAAGUUGCUCGACAUCCAUCUGGAAUUUUUCUCUGUCAGCGGAAAUACACCCUUGAUAUCUUGACAGAAUCAAGGAUGCUAGGAGCUAAGCCUUGCAAAUUUCCAAUGGAGCAAAAGCUCAAACUUAACAAGAAUGAGGGUCGCACCAUCUCUAAUCCUAUACAAUACCGUCGACUCAUUGGAAGACUUAUCUAUUUGACUAUAACUCAACCUGAUAUAUCUUAUGCUAUUCAUAUUUUAAGUCAAUUUACGCAGGAACCCAAACAGCCCCACAUGGAUGCUGCCAUAAGAGUUUUACGUUACUUGAAAUCUUCCCCAGGCCAAGGCAUUUUCUUACUGUCAACAAGCUCACUUCACCUCUCUGCCUUUUGUGACUCUGAUUGGGCUAGUUGCCCAAUGACAAGGAAAUCCACUAUAGGUUACAUCACCAUGCUCGGCAACUCCCCAAUCUCUUGGAAAACUAAGAAACAAACUAUUGUAUCAAGAUCCUCUGCUGAAGCUGAGUAUAGAGCAAUGGCAUGCAUUGACCAAUAUGAGGAAGUUGAUCUAGUCACAAAGGGAGGAAACUAUGGAUGGCGUGUUUACAAAGGCCCAAUUCCUUUUCAACCGGCUACCACUCCAAGUUGCAUAAACCCCAUCUUCCUUGUAAUGGUUUAUUUCCAUUUUGAGAUUGAUAAGAAUGUUGGUUCGGCUUCAAUAACGGGUGGAUAUUUCUAUCGGUCCUUGACAGAUCCAUGCAUGUAUGGAAGGUACAUAGACAUGGAUUUGUACGGGGGAGCUUUAUGGGCUAGCAGUGAAUACCUUGUGAACAGUGGCAACUUCACCAUUGCUAGAAUUCCAUUCAAAUGCGCUAAUGACAAUCCAAUCGCAUGUUCUUUGCCUUCUCUUGGAUACAUCAUCUCAUUUGUUGAAGAUAAUAAUAAGGAUCUUCAUAUUCUCACAAGCACAGACGUCUAUAGGGUUGCAAGACCAAGCCGGUAUGACUUUUCAUGUUCAAAAGAAAAUGGAGCUAAUUCUACAACUUCAAGGCAUCAUUCUUCUUCCUCCUCAAUAUCCACCAAUGUUACAAGUGAUUGUCGAUUUCUUAGUUCCCUCCUCCUCUUUGUGUUUUUUCAUAUCCUGGAAAUUUAGACAUGUGCCUGUUUUCAUAAAGACAUGCAUUGUUGGCUUGUUCUUCUAUAAAAUUUCAAAUUCAAA